AUGGCUAAGAAUCAACAGAUUGUAGCGAACCGGUUUCUAUUUUCUCUUGUUUUGUUUUUGGCUGUCGUGGUACUUUGUGUUGAUGGUAAAAGAGUCGGUCACAAGGAUGGUCAUAACAACGGCCAUAAGAUGAGAAGGGGAAGAUGGGAGGGUAAGCUAAAGAUGAAAUUCUAUCACAAGACCUGUCCUAAGGCCGAGGAUAUCGUGAGAGAGAUUGUGUCAAAGAAAGUCAAAGCAAACCCUAGCUUGGCUGCCAAGUUACUAAGGGUUCAUUACCACGACUGUUUUGUUAGGGGGUGCGAUGCAUCACUGCUUUUAGAUUCGGUGGUUGGAAAACCUGCGUCUGAGAAGGAGGCGAGACCUAAUCUGUCGCUUUCAGGGUUUGAAAUCAUCGAUGAGAUCAAGUCCGUUCUUGAAAAACGAUGCCCCAAGACCGUCUCAUGCGCAGACAUACUCACCCUAGCCACCCGAGAUGCUGUCUCGUACAAAUUUGGAAGGCCGUUAUGGAAUGUCUUUACGGGACGUGUUGAUGGAAGAGUUUCAUUGGCGACGGAAGCUGCCAGAGACUUACCAUCCGCUGGGGCAAACUUCACCGCUUUACAGAAACUCUUUGCCGCUAGCGAUUUGGACGUCGUUGACCUUGUGGCUUUAUCAGGAGCACAUACAAUAGGAACAGCACGUUGCGGUGUGUUUGGUCGGAGGCUCUUGAACUUCACAGGAAAAGGGGAUACAGAUCCUUCACUGAACUCUAGCUACGCCACUUUCCUCAAAUCUAAAUGCUCCGACAAAUCUUUAAGACUCAACUCUUCCGCAGUGGUCGGAAUGGACCCCAAUGGAGCUCUCUCCUUUGACAGUGGAUACUUCGUCUCACUUCUACAACACAAAGGACUCUUCACCUCUGACGCCGCCUUGUUGACUGAUCCCUCCGCCGCCAACAUUGCUAGAGUUUUCCAAAACUCCGGUAGUUUUCUAGCUCAGUUUGGUAGGUCGAUGAUCAAGAUGAGUUCCAUUAAAGUCCUUACACUUGGAGAUAAAGGUGGUGAGAUUCGCAGAAAUUGUCGCUUCGUCAACUAA